CUGUAAAGUGGACCUUUGUCAUGUGGCAUUGACCAGCACUGCAGCGAAGGCGUGCACAGGAAUAUAAAUAUUUAUUAAGCCGCCUCUUAGCAUGCCAAUUGUUGUGAUUACGGGCUUGCCGGCCAGCGGUAAAUCCACGAGAGCUCGCCAGCUUCAGGAGCACCUCGCCGGCCUGGGGAAGAAGGUACAUCUAAUCAGCGAGAACGAGGCGGUACCCAAGGCUUUGUACGAGAAGAACUCCUUUUUUGGAGACUCGCAAAAGGAGAAGGUGGUGCGCAGCGACCUCAAGUCGGAAGCGUUGCGGCACCUCAACAAGGAGGAUGUUGUCAUUCUGGACGCUGGAAACUACAUAAAGGGCUAUCGCUAUGAGUUGUACUGUAUAACAAAGUCGGCGCGGACCACGCAGUGCACACUUUUCUGCUGCAUAUCCCAGGAGCAGGCAUGGUCAUUUAACGAACAACGCCAGGAGCCGGACGAGCUUCCAGGCGACGGGCAGACGACGCAGCUGCUUAACAACUCGAAUGUGCCAUACACCCGCGAGAUCUUCGAUGCACUAUGCAUGCGCUACGAAGAGCCCCACAGCAAUAGCCGCUGGGACUGUCCGCUCACAGUGGCCCUACCCGAAGACAGGCUCGACGUGGAGGACAUCUACAAGGACCUGUACGAGACGCAGCCUCUGUCGCCCAACCAGAGCACCCAAAACCCGCCUCUCUGCGCCACAAACUACCUCUUUGAACUGGACAACAUCAUGCAGGCAAUCAUCAAGGAGAUCCUGGGCGCCAUUAAGAUCAAGGCCUUCGGCCAGCUGCGCAUCGAGGGCAGCACCAGCCCCGUCAAGGUAACCACCACGAUGAACGCCAUUCAGCUGAAUCGCCUGCGGCAGAAGUUCAUUACGAGCAGGUGCCGGGCCUCCCAGACGGCAGCCACUCCGUUGGCUCAGGUGCCCCAGAUGUUUGUCCAGUUCAUCAAUGCCAACACAAUUGGCUGCUAGGCUUCCCAAUUUAACCUGCGAUAUCGUGCUGUUUUCUUCCUUUUUUCCCCUAAUUUCUAAUUUCUUAAAUAAACUACAGAAAUGUAAUAUCGUAGAAACUUGUAA